ACUGCGCGCCCUGUUGAGGAGAGAGACCCAUAGCGCUCCAUUCUAAAGGCGUGUAGCCGAAGCCCUCCUCCCCCUCCUGUAGCUGAUCUCCUCCUGCUCUGCUCACCCGCUGCCUGCCUCCCCCCUGCUCGGCGAUCGAGCUCGCGGCGGCGCGCGGCAUUCUCCGGCAAUGGGGUGCAAGGCGUGCGACAAGCCCAAGCCCAACUACCGCAAGGGCCUGUGGUCGCCGGAGGAGGACCAGAAGCUCCGGGACUACAUCCUCCUCCACGGCCACGGCUGCUGGAGCGCGCUCCCCGCCAAAGCCGGGCUGCACCGGAACGGCAAGAGCUGCAGGCUGCGGUGGAUCAACUACCUCCGGCCGGGCCUGAAGCACGGCACGUUCUCGCCGGAGGAGGAGGAGACGGUGAUGAGCCUCCACGCCACGCUCGGCAACAAGUGGUCUAGGAUCGCACGGCACUUGCCUGGCAGGACCGACAACGAGGUCAAGAACCACUGGAACUCGUACCUCAAGAAGAGGGUGGAGGGCAAGGAGGGACGACCGAGCACGCCUGCGCCGGCGGCAGCCACCGAUUCGGGCACUGAUUCAGACGACUCGCAUUGCGUCAAGCCCGGGGACGGCGGCGCGGCGCAGGAGGCGCCGGCGGACUCCGGCUCGUCGGAGCCGCGCGAGUCGUCGUCGGCCGACUCGAGCUGCCUGACGGACCCGCCCGCCGCCUGCAGGCCCCACGCGCUCGUGGCAGCGCCCAAGGUCAUGUUCGCGGACUGGCUGGACACGGACUACUACAUGGGCUGUGGUGGUGGUGGUGGUGGUGGUGGCCCGCCUCCUGCCGUGGCAGCACCUGGUCUGGGCGCUGCUGCCGCUGCGGGCGUGGAUCGCGAUCAGCAGCAUCAGGUGAUGAGCCAGGGGUCCGUGCAGCAGGUGGAUGGGCCAUCCGGUGUCGAUGUGUCGUCCCUGCACGGGUUCGGUGACAGCGGCGCCAGCUGCUGGGAGUUCCAGGAGAACUUCGACGACGGCAUCGAUGAUCAGUUGCAGACGGCCGGCUUCUGCGACCUGCUCUCCAUGAGCGACUACUUCGGCCUCAACUAGUCAAGCUCGUUCAGUCUGGUUGGUGAAGGAUCGUCGUUGGUGAAAGGAUUUGGGUUUUUUUUAUUUAAUUUUAAACUUUGUUAGAAGUUUCGAUGAAAGGCUUGCUUGUGAUUGUAAAUUAUUGUCGUGUACGUAUAGAUAUAUAGAGGAAUUUAAAAAGUAGAUAUAAAAGUCAAGGACCUACUACUACCGUGUAAAAUGUUGUCGUGAUUGUUGCGGUUCGCUUUGGAGAGAGUACAACAGCACCGACGGAAGGAAAAGAAAGAAUUAUAGUUAUAUUAUAGGAAUAGAAAAUUCUGAGGAGUUGCACGCUUGCACCUAGCUAUUGGGCUGCACAGUUUGUGUUUUCUUAAUUCGAAUGAGACAUCAUCUUUUUGUGUAUUUAUUUUUUCUUUGUUUUCCAACU